AGUAGUUAGUCACGUGGUGUUUAAUAAUUACGCUGGCGGACAGGACAGCGAGGAGAGUAGAACUGUUUUAAAUGUACUACUCACCAUGUAAGGCGCGGACAGGAGCCGAUUGACUGGAUGUAUCUUUGUACACGCUUCCCUGGACCUGUUUUGCACUUGCCCUCCCGUGACAACAAGUGCGCUUCUGGGGAUAUUUGUUGCGUAUUGGUGCGCACUACUUCACUACUACCACCAAAGCAUGGAGGCAUGGGAUACAAAAACUACGUGGCAAUUAGACUCCAACAUCAUGGAAAUAUUAAUAUAGGCUAAGUGAUGUCUUAUAAUUGUAAAUAUAGCCUAGACAACUCGAGUCGUUCAUAGCAGUGCACCGUGAACUCUCACCCGAUCAGCAUCAGAGGAACUCCGGGCUGAAAGUGAAAGACGUCCAGUCAUUCAUUCAUUUUUUCAUCCUUUUUAUUCAUUAAUUGAUCGCUGGAGGAGCAGUGCGUCCAUUAUUCACUAGAUUCAGACAUCACAAGGAAUGUUUGUACUCCAGAAAAAAGGGCUGUUAGACGUACUCUCCCUGCCACUCCUGGUGGCCGUAGUGUGCUGUGUAGCCCAGAGCGUCAAUGAACCAGGAAACAUGUCGUUCGUCAAGGAGACCGUGGAUAAACUGUUGAAAGGAUACGAUAUUCGCCUUCGCCCGGACUUCGGAGGUGCGCCGGUGGCGGUGGGGAUGAGCAUAGAUGUAGCCAGUAUAGACAUGGUGUCCGAAGUCAACAUGGACUACACCCUCACCAUGUACUUCCAGCAGUACUGGAGGGACAAGAGACUGGCCUACUCAGGGAUCCCCCUCAACCUGACGCUGGACAACCGCGUGGCGGACCAGCUCUGGGUACCCGACACCUACUUCCUGAACGACAAGAAGUCCUUCGUGCACGGGGUCACGGUGAAGAACCGCAUGAUCCGGCUUCACCCCGACGGAACCGUCCUGUAUGGUCUAAGAAUCACGACCACAGCGGCGUGUAUGAUGGACCUGCGACGCUACCCCCUAGACGAGCAGAACUGCACGUUGGAGAUAGAGAGCUACGGCUACACCACGGACGACAUCGAGUUCUACUGGAAGGGAGGAGACACGGCGGUAACCGGGGUGACCCGAAUAGAGCUCCCCCAGUUCUCCAUCGUGGACUACAAGCUGGUGUCCAGGAACGUGGUGUUCUCCACAGGUGCCUACCCACGCCUCUCCCUGAGCUUUAAGCUGAAGAGGAACAUCGGCUACUUCAUCCUGCAAACCUACAUGCCCUCCAUCCUGAUCACCAUCCUGUCCUGGGUCUCCUUCUGGAUCAACUAUGACGCCUCGGCCGCCAGAGUGGCGUUAGGCAUCACCACGGUGCUCACCAUGACCACCAUCAACACCCACCUGAGGGAGACCCUGCCCAAGAUCCCCUACGUCAAGGCCAUCGACAUGUACCUCAUGGGUUGCUUCGUCUUCGUCUUCCUCGCCCUGCUGGAGUACGCCUUCGUCAACUACAUCUUCUUUGGCCGCGGGCCCCAAAUGCAGAAGAAGAUGGCUGAGAAGGCCCAGAAGGCCAACAACGACCGGGAGAAGUUUGACGUGCCCAGGUCUGUUCUGGAAGGAGGGAAUUGCAGGACUGCGUCCUUUAGACUGCGUGGGGUGGACUCCCAGGGCAACAUCCUGCUCAGCACCCUGGAGGUUCACAACGAGGUGGCCGGCAACCAGCUGACCACCAGUGUGCGCGAGGGCCGCAACUCCUCCUGCGUGGGCCUGGACCACCCGGUGAUCCAGCACCGCAAGCCCAGCGCCCCGCUGGGCUCCAGCCGCCACAGCCUGGACCGCAACCAGAUCUCUAAUCCCCGGAAGUCCCGCCUCCGCCGGCGGUCGUCACAGCUCAAGAUCAAGAUCCCCGACCUCACGGACGUCAACUCCAUCGACCGGUGGUCGCGGAUCAUCUUCCCGUUCGCCUUCUCGCUGUUCAACCUCAUCUACUGGCUGUAUUACGUCAACUAGCGCACGCCGUCUCGUCUGCGCCGCUGUGGACCUGAAUCUCCCGGCUGCGUAAGGUCCACCAAGCGCCCCGCUGUGUCGUUUGUCUCGUCGGCCGUCUUCUGAAGACGAGCCAGGAACUGUUUGUUUGAUUUGUCGGAACUGAAGAACGUAAACGUUGGUUGAAAUCCAAUCCGAUUCCUUUUCUUUUGCUUCAAAGAGUGAAGACUUUAACAAGGAAACGCGUACUUGAUUGCAACUUCCGAGCACAAAGUUGCGAUUCAGAAUCUAAAUAUGAAGAAAAUGGGUCAGUCUACGGAAAAUAUGUAUUUUUCUGAGACUUCCAUGACAACUACUGUCCUCUCCCUGGAGCUGUGGGUGGUAUGUUGGGACAGGGCAAACCCAGCCAUCUUCCCAAGAUCUGCAGCGUUGUGAAUGGAAACGGUUAUUAACAGUGCUUUAUGCCAAGUAUCACAACUGUAGCCAUGCUGUCAGUACAUCAUACAGUGUGUACUG